AUGUUUCGUCGUUCAAAUCUUCUUCAAACCGGAAGAUGGUUAGCCAGAUCGCUUUCAACCGGAAAUGCUGCACCAAAGAAAGCCUUUUCGUCCCCUUUUAGUAGACACUUUUUCAUUGGUGCUUCAACAGCAGUUGUAACCUUCUCCGUGUUUUCGAACUUUAAUAUCCGCCUCGAAGCACCUCCAGUGAACUCGUCAAUUACUCCAGAGAACUCUAUUCUGGUUGAUUCCUCUAUUGAUGCCUUCCCUAUAUCUAUUUCCCCACAGAAUAAUAAAAAUAUCAACACCAGCUUCGAUCUCUUAGGUGCAGGUGUUAGAAGUGUCACCUUCUUGGGCCUUAAAGUGUACGGAAUUGGACUUUAUCUUUCCACUGAAGACAUUCAUAAGGUCAAACAAGUCAUUUCCGCUACGAGUGAGUUCAAUUCUGCUCUAAAGGACCCCGAACAGUCAACCGAAUUUAUCUCGAAAUUGCUUGAUCUGCACACCAGAUUCGCUGUCAGAAUAUGUCCAGUUCGUAAUACAGACUUCACCCACUUGAAGGAUGGGCUCAUCAAGUCAAUUUUGUCCCAUCCGCUCUCCAAGUCUGGCUCACCUGUAAAAGAUGAAGUUUCCCGUGGGCUUGAGCAGUUAAGAGAUGUGUUCCAGGGCAAAAAGGGAUCAGUUCCUAAGAACCAUUUGCUUUGGAUCGAAGUCUUGAAAGACGGUAAGGUUUCAAUUUCCUAUGAAGAUACUAAGAACAAUAAGUUAAGACACUUGGGUGAAGUAGAAGAGCCAAUGGUAGGAAAGGUGUUGUUUUUGCAGUACUUGUCAGGAAAGAAGCCCUUAAGUGAACCAUUGAGAACCAGCUGCAAUGAAGGGUGGUCGAAGCUCUAA